UGGAGUUGCGUGUACAUCUACGCCUUUUAUAUGCUUGUCACUAAUUGUGGAACGUAAUUGUGGAACGUCAUUCAAGGCAAGUGUCUCGAGCGAGGCGAUCACGAUCGUGUUCUGUUCCGGCAAGCAUUCGUACCUACGUGGCAUCGCCGGCCUACGAGGGAUCGCCGCUAUGGCAGCUGCUCUGCAAGAGACCAUGGUGCACACGCCUGAGCAAGUGGAAGAGUUUGUCGCUCGAAUUAAAGGGUUAGUGUCGCAGAAGAGGCAGGGCCUCUGGAGCUCUGUUGUGCCGCAGAUGUACCAGGGACAGUACCAGGAGUCUGUACCGAAGAACUGGCUCGAGAUUAUCAAGAAUUCAGGAGCUGUGUGUGUUGCUGGUUGGAACGACAGAUGCUGCAUUCUCUAUCCUCAGACAAGCUCACCAGCAGUUCCCCAGAGGAAUACUGAUGUCGAUGCAAUCAAUGAGUUUAAGAAAUGA